CCAUUUUUCAAAAAUUGAAUGUACUACAAACACUCCUCGAACUCCCCCAUUAAACUACAGUAUUACUCAAAUCUCACGUCUUCUCUGAUCCCCUUUGUCCUCUCCACAUUCUUCACUUUGACUCUCUUUUCCCAUGGGUUGCGUUUCAUCCACUCUGCUAAACCAGGACCAUGAAUUCACCCAAAUGGGUGGCUCUGCUGCCGGCUUCAGCCAUCACAUUGUCUCUCUCACUUCCACCACUUAUGGUCUCAUAACCCUCGACCCACCUUCCUCUCCCCCACCCCCCACCACCACCACUACGCCUCCUACCCCUACCCCACCCCCUCGACACACUCUUGGUUCACUUUUCCCAAGCCCCUUGUCUGAACCAAGAAUCCUCAAGUCACACACUUCUGACAUUAUCAAUUCUUGGGAACUUAUGGCUGGUCUUGAUUCCACCCCCAUCACUGACAGCUUUCGGUUUCCAUCUUUACGCAAAUCAUCAUUCUUCAACAAAGAGAAUUCAAGCCCCAAUGUUGCUGAUGGGGUUGAUAAAGCUGACAUUUUUAAGUUGUCUUGUGGUUCUGAGCUUGAUGGGUUUGAAAAGCUUUGUCCGCCAAACGGUGAGGAUAAAAUAGUGAUCUAUACGACGACGUUGAGGGGUGUGAGGAAGACCUUUGAGGCUUGUAAUGCUGUGAGAUCAGCCAUUGAGGGGCUUGGGGUUUUGUAUUCUGAGAGGGAUAUCUCAAUGGAUAGGGGUUUUAGGGAAGAAUUGAAGGAGCUGGUGAAGGGUAAAGAGAGUAGUGAGUUAAUACCUCCAAGGGUGUUUUUUAAAGGGAGGUAUAUUGGUGGGGCUGAAGAGGUAAUGAGUAUUGUGGAGGAGGGUAAUUUUGGGGAUUUGCUACAAGGGUUACCUAAGGUGAAAGCUGGUUGUGUUUGUGAGGGUUGUGGGGGUGUUAGGUUCAUGCCUUGUUUUACGUGUAAUGGGAGCUGCAAGAUGGUGAAGGAAGACGCGGAACAGAAUGAAGGCAAAACUGUGGUGAUAAGGUGUACCGAGUGUAAUGAAAAUGGAUUGGUGCUUUGCCCCAUUUGUUGCUAAUUGAUGCAGGAGCUGUGACUGUAAGGACCUAGCUCGGGUCCACUACUAUUUGUAACGCAGUAAAUCGAUUUUGUACACACCAAAAUGCAAGAGGAUACUUAACAGAUAAAGCUGCAAUAUUUUACAUCGAGCUCUCAAGGGCAUCUUCUGAAAGAUUAGGCUGAAGUUUGGGCACAUUCGGUGAAACAAGUGAAGAUUCAGCACUAAGUGGUAGUUUCUUAGAUUCUGAAUGAAACAACUGGCCUAUAGGUGUUAUCUACAUGUAUCAUGAGAUGCAAUGUGAAUUAUAACGUACCAACAACAUUCAAUAAUAUAUCAAUGCUAAGUAACAUGAUAUUUGAAUCUAAUGACAUUUCAAAUUUAACAUUUCCAGAAUGGAUUGUGUUCU